UAGAUUGUUUACAUUUUUAGAAAGAGGCUUUUAAAGAGUGAAGAUUUUGUGAUAUAAGUGAAAAUCAUGAGGUUGAACAGUUUAAUUGUUCGAAAUAUUUUGGCUCUUGUGAAUAAGAGAAAUUAUGUAUCUCAUGCCUGUAAUUUCGUAAAACCCAUUAUACUACAAAAAAGACCUGACAAGAUUCAAUACAGUAAAUUCACUAAAAUAAAUUCAAGGUACUGCUCACAUACCGCGUAUGAACAUACACCAGAAUCUUCAAAAACAUCUGGACAAAUUGGAAAAAUUACGCCCAAACUGUUUUUAGCUUUCACUUGUAAAGUAUGUAAAACUCGAGUUGAAAAACAUAUCUCUAAAAUAGCAUACACAAAAGGUGUUGUUAUUGUACGAUGUGACGGUUGCGAAGAAAAUCAUCUAAUUGCAGACAAUCUAGGAUGGUUCCCAAAUUUAAAGGCAAUGAAAAAUAUAGAAGACUUUAUGGAAGCACAAGGUGAAAAAGUAAUGAAAACUAUAGAAGACAGUAAGGAAAAAGAGUAGUUUCAGACUUUUCAGAUUUUUAUUGUAUGAAGUUUGUCUAGUUUCUUGUAUAUGACUGUUGUAUAUGGUAUACGACUGUUUUGUACAAAAAUCAACAUGUAAAUAAUAAUAAAAACAAUUGUAACUAC